AUGGACUCUUUUCCCCUAUAUUUACUGUCUCUUUUCCCCCUUUUCCCGUGUAUGCAUAGACUCUUUUCCCCUAUAUUUACUGUCUCUUUUCAACCUUUUCCCGUAUAUUCAUUUUUAACCCUUUCCCUGGAUAUGUACGGUCACUCUUCACCCUUUUCCCGCAUAUUUAGACUUUUUCACCAGUUUCCGUAUAUUUACUGUCUCUUUUCACCGUUUUUCCCGUAUAUUUACUCUCUUUCCACCGUUUUCCCGUAUAUUUACUCUCUUUUCACCCUUUUCCCGUAUAUUUACUCUCUUUUCACACUUUUCCUGAAUAUUUACUGUCUCUUUUCACACUUUCCCGUUUAUUUACUCUUUCUUUUCACCCGUUUCCUGUACAUGUACAGUCUCUUUUCACUAUUUUCCCGUAUAUUCGAUUUCUUUUCACCCUUUUUUCUGGAUAUGUACGGUCUCUUUUCACCUAUUUCCCGUAUAUUGACCUUCUCAUUUCACCCUUUUUUGCGUAUGUUCAGUCUCUUUUCCCCACUUUACCCGUAUAUGUACGGUCUCUUUUCAACCUUACCCCGUAUAUUUACUGUCACUUUACAACAUUUUGUUCGCAUAUUCAGUCUCUUUUCACCCUUUUCCCGCAUAUUUACUGUGUCUUCUACUCUUUUUUGA